AUGGCUUACAACUACAAUAUGCAUACUUCAUCAAGAGUAGCUAUCAUAGGUGCGGGUGUUAGCGGUUUAGCUGCCGCUAAGCACUUAGCACGUCACCAUCCACAAGUCUUUGAAGCCUCUGAUUCGAUUGGAGGUGUUUGGAGAAAAUGUACGUAUGAAACAACUAAGCUCCAGUCGGUUCGAGUAAGCUAUGAGCUCUCCGAUUUCCUUUGGCCGAACAGAGGCGAAAGCAGCUUCCCAACUUAUGUCGAUGUAUUGGAUUAUUUGGAGGCUUAUGCAAAGCAUUUUAACCUUGUAAAGUUUAUAAAAUUCAACUCCAAAGUCGUUGAACUUAGGUUCAUCGGUGAUGGUAAGACUUUGCAGAUGGGAGACCUCGGUGCUUACGGCAACUUGUUGCCUGGAAAACCUGUCUGGGAAGUUGCCGUUAAUACCGGGGAUGGAGACAUCCAGUGGCAUGCAUUUGAGUACGUGGUAGUAUGUGCAGGAAAAUAUGGCGAUGUACCAAGAACCCCCACGUUUCCGGUGAAGAAAGGACCGGAGAUAUUCAAAGGGAAAGUGUUGCAUUCCAUGGAUUACUCCAAGUUGCAGAAAGAAAAAGCUUCUCAACUCCUCCAUGGCAAGAAAGUGGCCGUGAUUGGUUUCAAGAAAUCAGCCAUUGAUUUGGCGUUAGAGUCUGCAUUAGCUAAUCAAGGAAAAGAAGGGAAAACAUGCACAAUGGUGGUGAGAACACCACAUUGGGUGAUCCCACAUUAUUGGCGUGCCACAGUUUCCAAAUUCAUCGAAUCAUAUGUUUUGUGGAAGCUUCCGUUAGAGAAAUAUGGUCUUAAACCGGACCAUGCAUUCGAGGAGGACUAUGCUUCUUGUCAAAUGGCGCUCGUGCCAGAGAAAUUCUUUGAAGAAGCGGAUAAGGGAAUGAUCCGUUUCAAAAGGACAACAAAUUGGUGGUUUUAUGAUGAAGGGAUUGAGUUUGAGGAUGGCACUACCCUAGAAGCUGAUGUUGUGAUACUUGCGACAGGAUAUGAUGGCAUGAAGAAGCUCAAAGCCAUUGUCCCUGAACCUUUUCGAUCAUGGCUUGAGUUUCCUUGGGGUAUCAUGCCUUUAUACAGGGGAACAAUCCAUCCGUUGAUACCAAACAUGGGUUUCAUCGGAUAUGUUCAAAGCAGCUCUAAUUUGAAAUCAUCAGAAUUACAUUCAAGGUGGCUCAGUCAGCUCUUGGACGGUAAAUUCACAUUACCGAGCAAAGAAAAGAUGUUGGAUCAAUUCCUUAAAGAAAUGCACGUUAUGAGAAGAUCAAGCAGAUUCUUCAAAAAUCAUUGCUUCUCCACUUUCAGCAUUCAACAUGCCGAUGAUUUGUCUAAAGACAUGAAUCUCAAGCCUUAG